AUCCAUGGUCAAAAGCUCUGCCCAUGGCUUGAUCUGCAGCGAAUUCAUCGACGAACGAAGCCAAUUUUCUCCUUCUUCUUCUCCUCCGAAACGAAGGGAGGAACCCUGCCUUUACUAGAUGCCCUAAUCCGCGACAUCUUUUCCUUCUUGCGCAUUGAAGGCAUCAUCGAGACCCGCCACGUCCUCUCCAAGCAACGGCGAUCCACUUGGACCACCGCCACUCACCUCCUUUUCUCUAAUACGGCGAUUCCACGGCGGAGGCCUCCGUCCACCGCGAAUCCUCCGGCGGCGACCGGCGGAAUCGCGCCGAACGAAACCGACCUCCUCCUCAUUUGCAGCGGCGAAGCAGCAGAAGCCCUAGCGAUCUCAUCAUGGCAGAGACCUCCGUCCGCCGCGAAUCCUCCGGCGGCGACCGGCCGAAUCGCACCAAACGAAACCGACCUCCCUCUCCUAUGAGCCCUAGGGAUCUCAUCAGCGACUUGCCGGACGCCGUGAUCCACCACAUCUUCUCCUUCCUGCCCCUGAGAGACGUCGUGAAGACCAGCGUCCUCUCCAAGCGCUGGCAGUCCGCUUGGACCACCACCACCCACCUCGUCUUCGACGGCACCUACUCCUCGGACUUCCCGUCCCUUGUCGACAGCGUCCUGAUCCGGUGCAGGUCGCCCGCGGUGAAGAGGUUCCACAUCACCCGCUUCAGGUACGACGAGGCCCUCCGCCCCAAGCUCGACCUCUGGCUCCGCUUCGCGGAGGGGUGCGGCGUGGAGGAUCUCCGCUUCGCCCAGCGGGAGUUCUUUUAUAAGCUGCCGCGGUUCUUGUACUGCUUGAGUCGGUUGGUGUGCCUGGAAGUCAGGGGCUGCUGUUUUUCGUUGGGUACUGCUGUCAGGUGGCCUUGCCUUAAGGUCUUGUCGAUAAGAUAUGCGGAGAUGGGUGAUGAUAUCCUGGAGGGAAUUGUCAGGGGAAGUCCUGUUUUAGAGUCCCUUGAGUUGCACAAUUGCAGGAGCAUCAAGAACAUUGUUAUAGAUUCGACAAGUGUGAAAGAGUUAAUACUCGUUAAUGGCUGGUUAUCUAACUUUGAGAAAAUUUGGGCCCCGCAUUUGCUGUCGCUACGGGUACUGGGGGUUUGGCAUCUUCGUUCCGUGUUCAGACUUGACGACGUAUCGUCUUUGGUGGAAGCCAAGUUAGAUUUUUCUGUGUCUAGUGACAGGAUAGGCCGCGACUUGUUUAAGGUUCUUGAGAAGCUGUGCGGAGUUUCUACAAUCACCAUUGGCGGUUGGUGUUUGCAGGUUCUGUCCACUUUGGAGAUGGAAGGAGUGUCAUCUCCAUUGUCAAAAUGUCAGAAUCUGAUACUACGCGCGCCAGUUAGUCAAUGUGAACUUCCCGGGAUAGCAUACAUGCUACGAAGUUCACAGUGCUUGGAAAAAUUAGUCAUACACCUGACUCGCUCUUGCCCAGUUCCGUUUAAGGUCGACGAAGAAAUUAUAGAACACUUUGAUGAAGAUCUUUUGUGUUCACGGAAGGGGAACUUUCAAUGUUUGGCGAAACAUCUCAAGAGGGUGGAGAUCAUCGAUUUUGCUUAUGGUUUUGAGUCGAAACAUCUGCUUGCCCUGAUUAAGUUUCUUCUUGGUGAUGCACUCGCUCUGGAGAAGAUGAUUAUCAAGGCUGAUUUGCAUGCACAACGUGUUAAAAAACGUCUUCGAGUCACUGAUCUUUGCGAACUACUUGGUGUUAGCCGAAAUGUGCUCAGCUAUCGACGAGCUUCCCAAAAUGCCGAAGUUAUCUUCGAUUAUCCUUUGGAAGAGGUGUCCUUUGAAAAGCAUCAGAAGAAGAUCUUGGUUUCUAAACGUGGAUGAGCACUACCCUGCUCAUUCGUAUUAACUCUCUCUUGACAGUAGAGUUACUUGAACUGUAUGACAGUAUUGGGUUUUUAACAUGUACCUAAUUUGCACUUCUUUCAAGUUUAGUAUAGUUGUAAAUAUGAAACUUCUCAGGAAAGAGGUUAGUAGUAGGUGUUUUGGCUUAUGGACAUAUGAAAGGACGUUUUGGUUAAGAUACUGCUCAGCUUCCCCUUCUUUUUCAGG